CCUGAAGACUUGGUUUCACUUUGUAGUGUACUUCUUGUACUGUAAGUUUGUACGCAGUUCCUCUGCCAUUUCCACUCCAAUAAUAACAUGAAAUCGGGCUAAGAAAAGGAUUUAUUUUGUAUAUAUGAGGAACCUGUGCUUUUGGUUUUUCUUGUGUCUUUUCUAGAAAUCAUUCAUGGAUCCAGCCAACUGCGUGGGUCCAGGGGUCCAGGGUUCAGUGAUGAAACCAGUCGGAUGUCCACCAGGGCUGGAGUAUUUAACACAGAUCGACCAGCUUCUCAUUCACCAGAAAGUGGAACUGGCUGAAGCUAUUAUAGGAUGGGAGACCAACAACAAGUACCUGGUGAAGAACACGCUCGGGCAGCAGGUCUUUUACGUGGCUGAGGAGAACGACUGCUGUAACCGGAACUGCUGUGGACCGCUUCGAUCCUUCGUCAUCCACAUCCAGGACAACAUGGGCCAGGAGGUGAUCACGCUCACGAGACCACUACGCUGUGGCAGCUGCUUGUGCCCCUGCUGUCUGCAAGAGCUUGAGGUUCAGUCUCCUCCAGGCACACCCAUCGGGUACGUUGUUCAGACCUGGCACCCUUACUUACCCAAGUACACCAUUCAAAAUGAAAACAAGCAGGACGUCUUGAAGAUCGUAGGACCUUGCUGCACCUGCAAAUGUUGUUCCGAUGUGAACUUUGAGGUUAUGUCGCUGGAUGAAACGCAGUCCUUGGGCCGCAUCAGUAAGCAAUGGUCAGGCGUCUUGCAAGAGGCUUUCAGUGACGCCGACAAUUUCGGGAUCCAGUUCCCUCUGGACCUGGAUGUGAAGAUCAAAGCUGUUCUUCUCGGAGCUUGUUUUCUCAUCGACUUCAUGUUCUUUGAACAUAGCGAUUAAAAACAUUCAUUCAUUCAUUUUCUACCGCUUCCGGGGAGCCUGUGCCUAUCUCAGGCGUCAUCGGGCAUCAAGGCAGGAUACACCCUGGAAGGAGUGCCAACCCAUCGCAGGGCACACACACACUCUCAUUCACUCAUGCACGCACUACGGACAAUUUUCCAGAGAUGCCAAUCAACCUACCAUGCAUGUCUUUGGACUGGGGAGGAAACCGGAGUACCCGGAGGAAACCCCCGAGGCACAGGGAGAACAUGCAAACUCCACACACACAAGGCGGAGGCGGGAAUCGAACCCCCAACCCUGGAGGUGUGAGGCGAACGUGCUAACCACUAAGCCACCGUGCCCCCCUGCUCCAGCUCUUUAUGGAACUUAAUAUAAUCACAGCUUGAAAUAAAUCUUUCAUCAUUAUUAAAAUGGGCUGUUGUCUAUUAUGUUUUCAUGUUUUUAUAUUCUAACCCAUAGAUGGAGCCAGAGCACAAUGUUUCAGAGCGACAGUCACUGUGUAUUUGUUUAUAUGCUCUAUAUAUUAUAGAACAAGAGAACCAUGAGAAACCAAGAACAAAGGUUUAGCAGCGAAUGGAUGACAACGGAUUGUUUUAUUUUCUGCUAGAGAGCAGGACACGUGCCUCAUGUAUGUUUGAAGCACCGUCCUAGCCUCGUUCCUGGUUGCAGAACACAGCUGGGGUCUGACUGUAGAUGCAUUUGGUUUGACCAACCUAAAUGUUCUUGACUACUAUACAAGAACAUCAGGUUGAAAAACAAUCAGCGCUUCUCUAAAUGUCCCUAAUAAAUAUACAAACUGUUGUAA